GUUUUGAUUUACGAAGCAUGCAAGAGAGCUAACUGAGUCUCUGUGUAUAUAAAGAUACUCUUGACUCCUCUCUCUCUCUCUUCUUCAACCAAACUCAACUCAUCCUCGUCGGAACCGCCUCCUACCGCCGAUAUUUUUAUAAACAAUUCUAAUUUAUUCCGUCGAGGUGGGAGUAGAUUCAGAAAGAAAAUCAAGAGGCUAAUUUUGGUGUUAGAUCUGAUGAUUCAGAUUCCAAUUCUUUAAUUCAGUCUCUGUUUCGCCUUUUUUGGUGCUCUAAAAGCUUCCACAAAAAGCUUUUAGCUUUUGGCUUCAGUAAAAUGGGAGUUAAAGUAGCAGCAGGUGCGGCUAGUUUUCAAUGGUCACAGCCAAUUGUACCUCAUUCUCCCUCCUCUUCUCAAACCCUAGCUUCUGCUAUCUCAUCCCCUUCUUCUUCAGCUUCGAAAAGACGGUGCCGCUCUGAUGCCGGACCUCUCGUUUGCCGACACGUACAGAAACUGGACCGUUUCGCUCUGUUCGGUACGUCUCCCACGAAUCUUCACCGGUCUCGGUCGUUUGAGUAUCCGAAAUCGAGAACCAACACUGUUAAAAGAGCUUCCAGUACAAGCUUAGACGCUUUUUCAGACGAAGAAUUUUCCAAGAAGAUUCAAGAAUUGGCUCUCAGAUUCCAGCUUUCUGAUGACGAACACGACCAAGACAGAGUCAAUAAAAGCAGAGAAUUGGAUUCUGCAGAUAAUUUUAGCAGUAUCAGUGUUAAAGGUUCUUCAAUUGUACAAAAUCAGAGACGGUUCGGUCUCGAUUCGGUUGAGCCGCUAUGGCUAGAAAUCCAACAGGAACCUCCAGAUUGGUGCGAGAGAGAUGUAAUUCCGUCAAGUAUUGAACGGAAAGCAAACAGCGUUGAGCUCCCGCUCUCUCUCAGAAUGAUAAAGAGGAAAUUACAGUGGCAAGAAGGGUUUAGAGAAGCCGGGGAAUCUGCCUACUGUUCUGUGAGAAAGGCCUUCUCUUCCAUGGUUUUCAUAAUCAGUGAGCUUCAUAGCUACACUUUGCAAAUGAGAGAGUUAUUAUUCACUGAAGAUUUACAAGGGGUUCUCGUUCGUGUACAGAAAGAAAUGCACGCCUCCUUCGUUUGGUUGUUUCAGCAAGUAUUUUCACAUACACCCACUCUGAUGGUUUAUGUGAUGAUUUUGCUUGCUAACUUCACAGUUUAUUCUAUGGGUAGUAAUUUUGCCAUUGCAGCCUCACCACCACCUGCUGCUUAUGCAGCCACUACAGAAACUAUGUAUGUUCAAGAAAUUCAAGAUCAGCAUAAUCAAAAGUUUGAUUCUUCAUCGGUUAAGUCACUCUCAAUCUCUUCCUCCGGCGGUAAAUCAACUUCUGUCGGUGGUAACAAUGGCGGCGGUGGUAAGGUUCGGCCUAUUGGGAGUGGAACUGAUGGGGGUGAUUCGUUCGAUCGGUCGAAUCAAUUUAGAAUAGUCCCAGAUGGUGCUUCUCAAUUGUCAUCUCCAGUGACUUCAGGGGAAGUAACUAGAGAAGAAGAGUUAAGUUUAUGGAAUUCGAUUGUAGACGAAGCUCGAAAAAUGCAAGAUCCGUCUCUUGAUCAUGAAAGUAUGCAGAGAUUGGUUUCACCAAUCAAAGCAAAUGUGGAAGCGGAUGAUUACUCAGAUUAUUUAAGGACAGAGUUACUAUAUCAAACUGGUUUAUCACAUGACUCUAAUAAUCCUCUCCUCCUUACCAACUAUGCUCAAUUUCUCUGCCUGGUUGCUCAAGAUUAUGACAGAGCAGAAGAGUACUUUAAGAGAGCGAUAGCGGUGGAGCCAGCAGAUGCAGAAGCCUACAGUAAAUAUGCAAACUUUCUGUGGAGAGUAAGAAACGAUCUAUGGGCAGCAGAAGAAACAUUUUUGGAAGCCAUUAAUGCAGAUCCUUCAAACACCUACUAUGCAGGAAAUUAUGCUCAUUUCCUAUGGAACACCGGUGGAGAAGACACUUGUUUUCCUAUAAACUCCCAAGAAGAGAAUCAUCAAGAAGUAUAAUACAGUUGCAGACAAAAAAUCCCUUCAAAAAAUGAAUAAACCCUCUUGGCUAUCACUUACCAAUUUAGAUUCUUAUCGAGUAGAUACUAGAAAUACAAAGGAAAACAAAAUGUUUUUUUUUUCUUUUAGUCUGUCUCUUUGGUAAUUGGUUAUGUUUUGGUUGAUUAAUGGGUGUUUAGAAGCAGGAUGGAAGAGAGGAAAUAAGGAAAAUGGCAAGAGUUCUGCCAUAUUUACUUGGCUUGGCAUGUUUUCUGCUCUCAAAGAGAUGGAUUUCAAUUGCCGGAUUUUGCACAGUUUCAGUAUCUUUUUUUUGUUGUUGGUGACAUAAUCACAUGGCAAAGUGUAAUUAUUCGGCUUGUUAAUAGAUUGCCAUUUUUAAUUAA